AUGGGGAGCCCCGGGGACUCUUCUGACACCUUGAUCACUCCUUUCUCACCCACCCACACGCCAUCUCAGACACCGGCCAUGAACACCGUCUCAGCGGGAUCGGAACCAGAACCAGAACCGGAACCGGAACUAGAACUCUCCGCCGUCGAGCCGGCUCCGCCUAUCGUCCCCAAACUCCUCCGUGAAGCCAGUGAUAUUACAUGGCAGGACUCUCUCGACUCCAACAAAGACCAAGUUGUCCUUAUUCGACGCCACGGCCGCUUUCGCCUACUCCACCAACAACAGUUUCGGAACAGUCUUCUGGCCAGCGUGGGUUAUCUGGAACUCGCCAACGCCGGUGACUUUGCCGCGAAUGUGUGGAAUGAGAUACCUGUGCCGACUUUUGCAGCCGUGCUGAUGGGCAUUGGAGGCACCCUCGCAUUGGGGAUGGUACUCGUGGCCAUCCAGGAUUUCCGGUUGAGCUGGCGGAACGUGACGCUGCUACGGGCCGAACGGGAGCAUAUCAAGCGACUGCGGCAGCACCACAACAAGAAUCCGGAGCUGGUGCAGCUGAUGAACAGCCGAUUAGGAGUAAGCUACCGCGAGAUCGGUACGGAAGUCGUGGACCGCAUUGUGAUGGACCUGCUCAUGGGCGCCGGGUCCGUUCUGGUCGGCGUGGGUACCCUCAUGGCGAUCGGUGGCGCCAACCCACGGGUCUACAAAGCCAGUAAUCUGCUGUCGGGGUAUAUCGGUAACGCGCUUGCGGCCUUUUUUGGCGUUGUCAAUGCGGUCUGGUCGAUCUGUCUGAUCCGGCGGUUCCAGCAACAUGACAACGCUGCCCGUGCCAGCCAGCCAAGUGACGAUAUUCGUCGCCGGCUCCACACGCGCGUGCGUCGGUUCCAAUGGCACUCCUUCAUCAAUGGCUUGAACGGUCUGGUCGCUGGCGCCGGUUCAAUGGUGACGGCGGAGCGUUGGUGGGGCUAUAUCGUCCUGAUCCCUUGCAUCAUUUCGCUGAUCAUGUGCAAUUACUUCUGGCGGAAGAAGCUGGGCUACGACCGGCCGAUCCUCGAUGAAAUUUCGAUCUCGCGCGUGCAGUUGACGCCGUUGCUAGAGGAUCUCGAAUACGCCAUUGCCAUGCAACGUGCCCUCGCUGAGCCCGAUAGAAGUCAUCCUCAUGGGCCCUUCCAGGUCCACUCGCUGGAGUCGAUAUUACAGUUUAUCAUGCGCAACCGCAUGCUGGAAAUAUACUGCGACUCGCUCGUACAAGACAAAAAGACCCGUUCGCUCCUGCAGGACAUCCCAGCUUCCACAAAUGUUCCGCAGCAAAUCACUAUCAGUCAUGAUGUCCUCCUCCGCCUGGCUACUGUCCAACCCUCCCAUUUACAGACCCUCACCGAACAUGCCGGCAAGUUCUUGCGCACUGAGGGCGUCCGUGUAUUCACUCAUCGAGAGCGCCACCUCCUUGAGUUGUUAGGCUAUGCCGUCUGGCUGGAUCAGACGGCGGCCACCAUGACUCCCAUGACCUCCACGGCUAAGACCGAAGCUCCGGCAGCGACCACAGAGCUGAAAAAUAAUAUCUAG